GAUCCCAAAUCAAAAAGGUUCCUCACCAACAACCAUUCCAAUCAUCUCUUGUGCUCAAAUCUCAAUCGAUCUCUCUCUCUGUUAAUUGUUUUUCUAAGUCUAACUAAUCCAAUUUUUAAACUGAUGUUGUAUACCGAUUCUUCUUCUUCUGCUGCAGGAAUUCGAUUAUUUUUAUAUUUGUGUAUCUAUAUCUGCUAUUGUUAUUGUGUUUUGUGCUAACAUAUGGAAACAGGAAACAUGAACACAUCUUCCACACCGAACAAGGGUAAAUCGCAACUCCCCCUGCAAGAGAAGCUCCUGCAGAGAAGAAAUUCCAAGGAGAAUUUGGAUCGCUUCAUACCGAAUAGGUCGGCGAUGGAUUUCGACUAUGCUAAUUACAUGCUUACAGGUAAGGAAAAUCCAAAUCCAUCUACCAGCGCCUCUCCAUCCAGGGAAGCAUACAGGAAGCAGCUUGCAGAAACCUUCAACAUGAACAGAACUCGGAUUUUGGCUUUCAAGAACAAACCACCAAACCCAGUUGAGGCGAUCCCCAGUGAUUUCUCAUCUCACCAACUCAAAUCUGCCAAACCACGCCGUCACAUUCCUCAGACUUCUGAGAAGACACUAGAUGCCCCUGACAUUAUAGAUGAUUAUUACUUGAAUCUAUUGGACUGGGGCAGCAGCAAUGUUCUUUCCAUCGCUCUUGGACACACUGUGUAUUUGUGGGAUGCUUCUGAUGGAGCUACCUCCGAACUCGUUACUAUCGAUGAUGAGUGUGGCCCUGUCACCACUGUCAAAUGGGCUCCUGAUGGAAGGCAUAUUGCUGUCGGUCUCAACAACUCUGAAGUUCAGUUAUGGGAUUCCACCUCUAAUAGACUGCUGCGAACGUUGAAAGGAGGGCACAGAGCUCGAGUUGGUGCCAUGGACUGGAACAAUCACAUCCUGACAACCGGAGGUAUGGAUGGUCAGAUUUUCAACAAUGAUGUGAGAGUGAGGUCGCACAUUGUUGAAACUUAUACUGGACAUGACCAAGAAGUCUGUGGGCUUAAGUGGUCAGCAUCUGGCCAGCAGUUGGCUAGUGGUGGAAACGACAACGUCCUCCAAAUCUGGGACAGAUCCAUGGCAGCAUCUAAUGCUCCUACUCAGUGGCUUCACAGGCUCGAGGAGCAUACCGCUGCUGUUAAAGCACUCGCAUGGUGUCCCUUUCAGAGUAACCUACUGGCAUCCGGUGGAGGCGCUGGAGAUAGGUGCAUCAAGUUCUGGAACACACACACUGGCGCGUGUGUGAACUCAGUGGACACCGGCUCACAAGUCUGUGCUCUUUUGUGGAACAAAAACGAGCGCGAACUGCUCAGUUCUCAUGGUUUUACACACAAUCAGCUUACUCUGUGGAAGUAUCCAUCAAUGGUGAAGAUGGCUGAACUCACUGGGCACACCUCUCGAGUUCUUUAUAUGGCGCAGAGCCCAGAUGGGUGCACAGUUGCAUCUGCAGCAGGAGACGAGACUCUUCGAUUUUGGAAUGUUUUUGGGACACCUGAAGUUGCUUCUAAGCCUGCACAGAAGACAAACUCAGUGCCAUUCGCUCACUUGAACCGCAUCAGAUGAUCGGUGGCAAUGGAGAAAUAUGGUUGAUACAGAACUUAUGUACAUAUAUUAUAUAUAUACGUAUGUGGUAAAUAGUUGUAAUUUAUACAUGUGUUUCUUCUUGCCGGCUUAGUCACCCAUCGUGACAAUCCAAAACUUCUGAAAAUAUCAAUAAUAUAUGGUAACUGCAUCUUUUUAA